CGUCUGCGGGCAGCGCCGGGAGCGGCCGGCCCUCGGCGGCGCGUGCGGCUCGCGGCCCCGGGACCGUCGCGGGGGAAGGUCCGGCGCUCGCGGGCGGGGAGCGGGAUCCGAGCGCCCACCAGGAUGAUUGUGCCCCCACCCCCCAACAGUGUCCCAUCGGUGCCCCCGCCGUGCUGCACAGCUUCUGGCACGGUUCCUGUUGUCUUGGCCGCUUUCCCCAGCACUGUGUCUGAGUGGUGUCUCAUCAUUCCCUGACUUGCGCUCCGUGUGUGCUCUGGGCGACAUCCGUGCGCCGUCUGCUGCCCAGGUGCGGCCCACCACUUCAGUUUGCCUGAGCUCGCAGCCACGAUGCUGAACAGGGUGACAAGGCUUGUCCCCAGGGCCCGGCAGUUGGACCCUGGACGUUUUUUGCACGGGGGACCCCAGGGCCCCCAAGGCCUUGCGGUUCACCUGGAUGACCGGGUUCCGGAUGAGACCCCCAGAGCCGGUUCCCGCCCCAGCGAGGACGACCCGGCUGGGGCCGGCGAGCAGCGCGAGGGCCGCCACUACCGCAUCCCCCUGCAGGACCUGCCGACCGUCUUCCCCCACGGCCUGCCCCGUCGCUUCGGCCUGCAGGUGAAGACCUUCCACGAAGCCUGCCUGAUGGUGAGGAGGCCGGCCCUGGAGCUCCUGCGGUACCUGGACGGCACCAAUUUCGCUCACCCGGCCGUGCGGUACGUGCUCUAUGGGGAGAAGGGGACAGGAAAAACCCUCAGUCUCUGCCAUGUGAUUCAUUUCUGUGCAAAACGGGACUGGCUGGUUGUGCACGUUCCCGACGCUCACCUGUGGGUGAAGAGCUGCCGGGGCCUCCUGCGGUCGGCCUACAACAGGCAGCGCUUCGACCAGCCCGUGGAGGCGUCCAGCUGGCUGAAGAGCUUCAAAACGGCCAACGAGCGUUUCCUGAGUCAGAUAAAAAUUCAGGAGACAUACAUGUGGAAUAAGCGAGAAAGCACCGAGAAAGGCCGGCCUCUGGGAGAAGUGGUUGAGCAGGGCCUGACGCGGGUGAAGAAUGCCACGGAUGCCGUUGGCAUCGUUCUCAAAGAACUCAAGAGUCAGAGCUGCUCGGGUGCUUUCCGUCUCCUGGUGGCGGUGGAUGGAGUCAAUGCUCUCUGGGGAAAGACCACGCUGAAGAGAGAAGAUAAGAGCCUGAUGGCCCCCGAGGAGCUGGCGCUUGUGCACAGCCUGAGGAAGAUGGUGCGAAACGACUGGCACGGAGGCGCCGUGGUGUUGGCGCUGAGCCAGACCGGGUCUCUCUUCACGCCGCGGAUGGCCUAUCUCCCACAGGAGCUGCUGGGCAAGGAAGGAUUUGAUGCCUUGGACCCCUUUGUUCCCGUCCUGGUCUCCAACUACAGCCCAGAGGAGUUUGAGCGCUGCAUUCAGUACUACCUGGAGAACAGCUGGCUGCAGCAUGAGAAAGCUCAUACAGAAGAAGGGAAAAAGGAGCUGCUGUUCCUGAGUGACGCCAACCCCGGGCAGCUGGAGCGGCUCUGCGCCUACCUUUAAGCCGCGUCCCAGCCCGCACGGAGGACGGGGGAUGCUGCCCGUCCCCGACGCCGCCAGACCCGACGCUGCUGGGACGAGUCCGCUCCGGCCUCCAGUGAAGCCGGACAUUAGUGCCCUGCAGUGUCCUCUUGUUCCUGAAACCAGUUUAUUAGGUGGGGUUCUCAGAUUGUAAGUAAUUACGGUCUUUCCGUUCAAUAAAGUGUCUUUCUUAAA